AUGGCCCCCUCAGACAAUAAUGAUACGGCCAUUGAGUCCAUUGAGGGUGAUGAAGCCUCCGAGGUGGCCCAGUCACAUCGAACUGGGGGACGACCUCCAGCUCCAGCUCAGGUUCAACAUGCUCAGAUGGUUCAGCAUCAGUCUCCGUAUCCUCAGAUGCCGCAAUCUUCGCACAUGGCUCAACAUCAUUAUAUGGGAUAUCCUCAUCCUCAUCAGGUUACGCAUUCAUCUUAUAUGUAUCACUCGUCGCACCAGACACCUCAGUCUCCGAAUCAAAUACCACAGGGUCCUCACAGUCAGAUGGCACAGUCUCCGAAUCAGAUAACACAGAGUCCUCAUCCUCAAAUGCCGCUUAUCCCAUACAUGGCAUACCCUCACUGUGCUCUUCAACCGGGGUAUGCUCCUACCCAAAGCCCCCUUUUCACACCCCAGGGAACUCCUAUCAUGGCACCCCAGCAAUCUCCUCUCUUUACACCACUAGCCACACCAACUCCAACCCUUGGACCUCAAUCCGCCGCUACCACCCCAGCUCCCUCGUCAGUUGCUUUUGCUUGGAACCCGUCACCUCAAUACGUCUCCUCAACUCCCGUACCGUACCCCGCAGCAUCUACCCCAGCACCCGAAUAUUCCUCCAGAGGCCAAGUAACAGAUGACAUGGGACCUCCGCCCAAGAAGAAGAGAACACCGAAGCCAAAGCCGUUGUCAGAACGUGAAAUGCUACGAGCUACACCGAUUGUACUACGAAAGCAGGCUAGUCAUUCGAAGAGAAAGAAGGACGAAGUUGUCACGUGGAUGCGUAAUACUUUAGUUAAGCGGAGGGGAAAAAAGGUGCGGCCUACUGCGGUGGAUGCGGAGAAAAAGUUUCAGAUUCCGAGGAGGACUAUCUCUAGGUGGAAGAAAGCCGAGUAA